AUGACCUCUUCGCAGAAGGAGGCCACGGCCAACCAGCACCUCUCGUUGGUAGGUGUCUCUACAAACGGCAUUUUUGAUUUAACCGAUGUGAAAAAUAAAAUUUUACAAUGGAAAACCCAAAAAAUUGCUGCCCUAUGUCCUUCGAACGGAGCAAAAUUACAAAAUUUGCUGAAUCUUGCUUGUAGUACUGCGCAACCAACUAAUGUUACAGUUCGCGACACUUGUAUAUCAUGUUUUGCCAGAGUUACAGCAAUGCCGGAGGGACCCCAAGAGUUGAGCGCGCUGAGUGCUUGUGCUGGACAAUAUUUUACAAAUACAUCAUAUGCAACAUGCGCAACAAACGUAAUGGCACUGUCUACUUCAGCUUUAAAUGUUCAACCAUCUGGUUGCUAUAUGGGCUAUUGUGAUUUUGCACGUUGCUUAAGACGAGUUAACUCUGUGAAUUUGAUAACGCAAUGUACUAGAGAGGCUAGAACUGGCGUCAACAUAACGCUCGACGCUGACAAUGUACGGUUUUUUACGAAUGUAACAUCAUGUAUUCUCGCCAAGACGAGGUGUGGUACGUUUAAUCCUAUAACCGGAGAUCCUCAAACACCAGGAUAUACUACUUCGGGGCUAAGAGUCAGCAAUGCCCUUCAGUUUUCUGAAGCUGGUGAAAUUAGAGUAUUGGCUUUUUCAGCAAACACGCCGGUGUCAGCCUCUUUUUGCGCCUUAACAACCAACUUAACUCAAACUAAUUGGCUUACAAAUAAUUGUUAAUAGGUUUUAAAAUCAAAUAUACCACUACUGUUUAUAU